CUCCCGUCAUCUCGGGUGGGGUCAGACAAACGGCAAGUGGCUUCCAAGGAUCAGGCUGAUGCGAUUGAGCUACGUUGGGACCUUCCGACCUUCACGUGGCGAGGGUUCGAGACUAUUCCUCAUCCAGCCUCCUGACUCAGAAUUGACGGUCAGAGCCGGGGCAAACCAAAGGGAAAUGGCCUAUGAUGAAACGAACAUUUCAACAGUCAAGUCGGUAGACCCGUGAGAGAAUGCAAUCGAAUUACAUUCGUUGCCAUUCAUUGUCUUUGCGAGAGGGGAGUUGGUCUGUCAAGCGCCGCCGCACUGCACUGUCCAAGUGGGCUGGCUCCUCAAACCUAACCUACCUUUCAUGCCAUUAUUGCCCCCCUCUCUCUGUCUCUCUCUCUCUCUCUCUGUCUCUCUCUCCAUUCAUCAAGCAAUCCACCGAUCCAUUUAUCUACUACUCUCUACCCUUCCCACCCACAGCCCCGGCCGAACAAUGGCCGCUAAUCUGCGCGACCGAUGGAGACGCAAAGCCACCAGGGGUCGCAAGAUCCAUCUCUGUCAAUGUUGGUUCUCUGGGUUCUAGAUUCAUUCAGGAGGAAGAAGAUCGUGUCUCAUCCACAGCCGUGGCAGUGAAAAAAAUAGAUCGACCAUCUAUCAUGGGGACUUUGAUUUCCCCAACCUUGUUAAGACGGAUGAAAAUCAUAGGGACGAAACGUCCAAAUUACCAAAAUUACACUUAAAUAAAAGAGAGACCA